AUGUAACCGAUCGUUCAAGAGAGCUACAUCGCUGAGCUUUUUAGUACCUGGCAGAGGCCACUUCUUGCUUUAUUCGAUAUCUCUAGUGCCUAUAACAACUAAUUGCUUUCAUAAGGUUAUGACACUAACAAUGCUGCAAGCUAAUUGAAAUAAUAAUACAACCUUCCAGACCUUGAUCAGAAUUUAUUAUAAAAAUACUUAGGACCCAAAAAGGUGGGUGCCUCUUUCACAGACUUUAUUGUCAUCCUUUUGGCAUCACUUAUUGUUGCUAUACCAUUGAUUGAUUUGGUCACUGCAUACUUUGGAAUUGGUACUACACUGUUCAGUGCAUUUAUUGUACUCAGAGAUCCAGACGAUUAUGCUGCUGACGGUAAUUUCAAUAAAACAUUAACACAAUUAAUGUCCGUGUGUUUCAAUUUCCACAAAAUUUCUACUAUUACAAUGGCUGUAUUAACCGGACUUAUUGCAACAAUUGUAGCAUUGAUCGGUGGAGGUCUAGCAGGUUUCCUUGCUAUGAUGACCGUCUUCGGUGUUAGAGUUCUAGAACAUUUUAUUUCAGGAUAUCUCCCUAAUUACUUCUCCUAGUAAUACUUGCACAAGAUUAUUUGA